ACUUUCUCAACACUACAUCCACCAUGAGCAUUCAUCUGCUCAAUCGCCAACCUCACACAACCCCUCAUCGUCUUCCGAAAUGAGCAAUUCCGGUCUUAUCUCCUGGGGUGUCCCCCGACUGGCCCAACUUCUCCCGCUGGACGAGGAGUCGCUCACGCAGAUCAUCACCUACGCCGCCAGUCUUCCCAAAGAAGAAGGCGCCGAUCACCUCAAAAACCUCCUCGGCGACUCGCCCGCCGCAUUGGAAUUUAUUGCUGCAUUCAGCUCGCGACGAGAACCUCCACGAUCCGAAGCGCCAUCGCCAGCUCCCGACCGCGCAUCCUCCACAGCUAAAAACAACUAUUCGGGGACGGGAUCCAAGAGGGGCAAGAAGUCGAAGCCACCACUUCACAGCGCCGGGCCUGUACGUCGACCUGACAAUUUCGGGAACGUGACGGGCGGCUACAGAAAGGAGGACCAGGAUGAGGAUUACAUGCCUGUCUCGUCCAGGAGCAGGCAGGAUGCAGGCACGAGAAAAGGCGCACAGGAUACAGGCCCAUCUCCGCUGAUGUCCUCGCGCGAGGCAUCCGCUCCCUCGUCGCGGAACCAAUCGCCUGCGCCGAGACCAACUCCAGCCAAGAACCCGCCCUCUGCAGCUGGCCCGGUGAUCUCGGAUCUUUUGCCGAACGUCAAGUCGAAAGCGGCCAAAUCUGCCUCUCGAACGGGUGGCAGUACGGCGACCGGUUCCUCGUCCAAGGGAUCGCUAACUACGAAUAACAUAAAUGAUCUGACGGCUGCCAUCGCCGCCCUGGAGGUAUCUACGAAUCCGACGCUGAGCAGCGGCGCCCGCAAAUGUACCUGCUACGCUAGCAUACACCCCCUCUUUGACCCUGCGCCGAAUUGUCUCAACUGUGGGAAGAUCAUUUGCUCGCUGGAAGGGCUGCAGCCGUGUUCGUUCUGCGGAACGCCGCUACUGUCGAAUGACGAGAUCCAGAGCAUGAUCCGGGAGCUGCGGGCGGAGCGUGGACAGGAGAAGAUGCGCGCACACAACGAUAGUGUACACCGGGAGGGUGGAUUCGGUCCGGGCCUAGGAGCACCCAGCAAACUAGACGCUGCCAAAGCGCAUCGGGACAAAUUGCUUGCGUUCCAGGCACAGAAUGCCAAGCGGACGCGUGUGGUUGAUGAGGCGGCGGAUUUCGAGACUCCGAAUGUUGCGUCAACGCUGUGGAUGACUCCUGCACAGCGAGCACUGGCCUUGAAGAAACAGCAGCGGAUUAUGCGGGAGAUGGAAGAAAAGGCACGACCGGAAUGGGAGAAGAAGAAGACCAUCAUGAGUCUGGAUAUCAAGGGAGGAAAAGUGAGGAGGGUCUACCAGUCGGCUGAGCCCGCGGAGGCCGGUCCUUCUGCCGAGGAAGAAGCAGAGGCCAAGGCAGAGGAGGAGCUUGGGGAUGGGCACAGAGAUAGCAGCGGCAAAGCAUUCAGUCACAAUCCUCUGCUCGCAGCCGGAGGACUGUUGCGACCGGUCUGGAAGCCGGCAGAGGGCGAGCAAGCGGACUCGGGACGCAAGGAGCGCAAACAAACCUGGCGGAGAGUGCAGGAUGAUAACGAUGACAAUGAGCAGUGGAUUCUUGACGGAGGCCUGCACGGGCACACCUGAGACAGCCGGACUCACCGCCCAACGGCCUGACUGCAUGGCUAGCCGAGCAAUACCGAGCGAGGACUCUGUAGUGCAUGUGGAUGGUGACGGGCUGACUGAUAAGGUGGUUUUGAUGCAGCGAUUGGGCUGUCGAGACCAUAGCCAUCACGUCACCAGGAUGGCCUACGAUCAGACCUGGAUCGAUAAGCAAUGCCCUCGGUAAUGCGGAUCAGGCAGAGGAUUGCACAAAGUGAUCUAUAUCCUCCGAUAGUCACCAAAUGACGUGAGACGAUGUGUAGCAUGCACAUUAUAAAUGAAGAACCAAUAGAUACAUAGCUAAUCCUACGAGACCACGACCAC